UUCGGAGGUAAGAAAGUAAAUGUAAACUUUGGACGGUCCACUACAAACUGUACACAAAUCAAUCACGCGAUUAGGUAAGUUCUGACAGCGUUGACCACGUCUCUUGUGCUUUUAUGGAGGAUUCAAAACCCGUUCGAUUAAAACCAGCGUCUGGAACGCUCAGUUCCUCUGUCACAGCCGAAGGCAACAUGUCGGGGGAUGUGUUGUCAUUAGAGAUCCUGAGGGACCCACCCUCUGGACCCCUGGAUGAAUACAGGAAAAGAGCAUCUUUUGACUGGAAAAAGAUGAAAAUGUUUUAUUACGCAGAAGACAUACUCAGAUUUCAGAAUAAAAUAUGGACAACUUUGGAAAAAGACCCCCUCUUCUCAAAGCCUAUGGAAACACCAACAAUGGAAGAUUACAGAGAGGCCACAUUCUUACGAUGCAAAAGACUCUUUGAGUAUAACUUGAUCACAGAUGAGGAAAUCUUUAGUAAUCCACUGAAACACAAGAUGUUCACGGACUGUGUCGGAAUGUAUGACUGGUCUCUGUCAGCCAAGUUUUUACUAAAUGUUGAAAUGACCGGGGGGACAAUCACGGCAUCAGGAUCACCAAGGCAUGGCGAAAUCGUUGACAAAAUCAAGAACUUUGAAUAUUUUGGAUGUUUUGCACUGACAGAACUCAGUCAUGGCAGCAAUACAAAAGCUAUGAGGACAACAGCACACUACAUAACAGAGAGCCAGGAGUUUGAAUUGAACACCCCAGACUUUGAGGCGGUGAAGAUUUGGUCCGGUAACAUGGGAAAGACGGCCACCCAUGCUAUCGUGUAUGCCCAGCUGUACACCCCUGAUGGGGUGUGUCAGGGUCUCCAUUCCUUCGUUGUCCCCAUCCGUGACCCAAAGACCCUACACUGUGUCCCAGGGGUGGUGGUAGGAGACAUGGGGGAGAAGCUCGGACUGAACGGGAUUGACAAUGGUUUUUUGUCCUUCAAUAAGUACCGCAUUCCAAGGGAAUAUUUACUAAACAAAACAGGGGAUGUAACUCCAGAGGGAAAAUAUGUCACUCCAUAUAAGGAUCCAAGCAAGAGGUUUGGCGCCUCUCUGGGGGCAUUGUCAGGAGGCCGAGUGGGGAUCACAGGGAUGUGUGUGUGUAACCUGAAGCUCUGUAUGCCUAUAGCCAUCAGGUACUCCGCAGUCAGGCGACAGUUCGGUCCCACAGACACAGAGGAAAUUCCAGUGAUUGAAUAUCAACUCCAGCAAUGGCGGUUGAUUCCAUAUUUGGCAGCCACAUAUGUCUUGGAGCACUUUUCUGACAGUUUCUUCAUGGACUAUGCCUCUCUCAGGAUCAGUAUUAUGGUUGGAGAUAAAUCAGAAAGGUCUGCUGAGCUCGGUAAAGAAAUCCACGCCUUGUCGUGUGCUAGCAAGCCUCUGGCCGGCUGGAUAGCGAGAGACGCCAUUCAGGAAUGUCGGGAGGCAUGUGGUGGCCAUGGUUACUUUGGAGUGAAUAGACUAGGCGUGUUGAGGAACGACAAUGACCCUAAUUGUACCUACGAGGGCGACAACAACGUCAUUCUUCAGCAGACCAGUAACUACCUGUUGUCCCUCUUAGACAAACUGUCCAGUGGGGAGAAGAUAGAUUCCCCAUUGGAAAGUGUCAACUUCCUGAACGACAUGAAAAACAUCCUCUCAUCUCGCUUCACCCCCACCUCUGUAGCUCAAUGUAUGGACCCUGAGGUGUCCAUCAACGCCUUCCGAUGGCUGGUCUGUCGUCUGCUGGUCGACAGUUCCCAGAGAUUCCAGUCCCAGAUGAAGAAAGGAAGUGAUGGAUUCACGGCCCGGAACAACAGCCAGGCUUACUACUGUCGAUCCCUGGCUCUGGCUUAUAUUGAGUUGACUGUUCUUGAACGGUUUGUGACCUUGUUGCGGGAGGGGAAGGAUGGAGAAGAUGUUCCAGCUGACCUAGUUCCUGUGCUGGCCCGCAUCGCUGCAUUGUUUGGACUCUGGAGACUGGAAAAGCACCUCACUACAUUAUACCAAGGUGGAUAUAUAUCAGGGAAUGAGCCUCCUAGAUUGAUCCAGGAAGCCAUACUACACCUAUGUUAUGAACUGAAGGAUGAUGCUGUGGCAUUAGUGGACGCCAUUGCUCCCACAGACUUUAUUCUGAAUUCUCCCAUGGGAAAGUCAGAUGGACAGAUUUACAAGAAUUUAUACAGUGCAAUGAUUCAAGGACCCAAUGCUCUAGAAAGACCGUCAUACUGGAAGGAGUUUGUGAAUAAACCGGUCAUUGGGAGCAAAUCUAAAUUAUAAAACAUUCCAAACCUUCAGAACUCUGACCUCCAAAUCAUAAACUGUAACAUGGAAUGUAUAUAAUUUAUUUAUAAAUAUAUGUAAAAUAUCACUGACAUCAAUUAAUGAAAUGAUUCCUGGCUGAAGUGUGUUAAAAACAUGUACACAGAAUUAAAAAAAAGCUAAUGACUGAUAAAGUGUGAAUAUACAUAACAUAUGAACAGUUUAUGCAUUAGCCUAUAUAGAUGUUUAAUGCAUUAAUUGAUAUGAACAUUUUAUCAAUUCUAUAUUAUUCCAGGAUUGAUUUUACAUUUAGUUUAGAGAUCAGUAUGUCACAUGCUUGAAUAAAUGAUGAUAUAUAAGCAAUUUGUUAAAGGUAAACUAAAAAUUAUUUAUAAAUUUUUCAUAA